AUGUAUGGGAAGGCCUCAGGACAGUUGCUCAAUUUACAGAAAUCCACUAUCUUUUUCAGCUCAAAUACACCUACUGCAGUGAGAAGACAAAUUCAAAGGGAAGCAGGGGUCCCUGUGUGUGGGAAUUAUGAGAAAUAUCUAGGUCUACCUGCCAUGAUAGGUAGAUCUAGGUAUAACACUUUCAGGGAAGUAAAGGAAAGGGUAUGGGCAAGGCUGAAUAAUUGGAAGAACCUGUUUCUAUCGCAAGCAGGGAAAGAAAUUUUGUUGAAAGCAGUUAUCCAGGCUAUUCCUACAUACUCAAUGAGUGUGUUCAUGUUGCCUAGAAGAAUUUGCAAACAGAUCUCUUCACUCAUGGCUAGAUUUUGGUGGGGGCAUAAAGAAAAAGAUAACAAGAUUCAAUGGAGAAGUUGGGACAAGUUGGGGGACUCAAAAAGGGAUGGGGGGUUAGGUUUUAGGGAUCUUGAAUGUUUCAACCAAGCAAUGCUGGAGAAUGCUCACCUCCCCUUCUUCGAUGGUUGCCAAGAUUAUGAAGGAGAAAUAUUUUAG